AUUCAUCUAUCAACUAGUACGCAGGCACGUGACGCAUUUUGUGGAAAGUGAUGUGCUGGAGUGGUUCUUUCGUUGAGCGCGGCAGUCGCAACGCUGCUCCGUGUUGCCUUAUCUGUCAAAAGUGACAAGCCCGAAAGCGGACCGGGUGGCUCCUGCCGAGAUCCAGGCGACGCAAUGGCGCACUGGUUUCAUCGUAACGUGUUGAAAGCGACGUCGAAUCAAAAGUUCGAGCUUAAAGUCGCCAGUCCUACGGACGCCACUAGGAAACUAUGCAGUGACUUAAAGCUGUCAAGGGCCAGACUUCUAGAUUUAAUUAGAAACGCAAACAAUACCAGCGAUUCUAUAGAGCCUGCAUUUCUUAGUUAUUUAAGUUUGUUGUAUGGAUUUCUAUGGGAAAUCAAGCCAUCUGAGGAAGAGGCGCAACAUGUCGGCAGACCCAAUCCUAGCAAGCUCAGAAAUGUUCUUGUAUUUAAAUGGACACAUACAUUGCUUGGUGGUGGCACAUUCUCUAGCACCGAUUCUGUUUAUGAAGCAGCUAACAUGAGCGUUAAUGUAGGUCUAUGGUUUAUGAAACAUGCAGCGAUGAUUGCUGCAAAAGAUGAUAUAACAAUGAACGAGGCUAAAGAAGUACAUAGUUUGUUAAGACGAGCCGCCGGUAUAUUCACCUUCGUGCAGACUGAAUUUUUGCCACAGUUGGCUAAUCCACCACCUUUGGGAAGUGAUUUGGAUCCUCGUGUGCUUAAUGCAUAUGUCAAUCAAUGCACUGCAGAAGCGCAAGAAGUGACAGUGGCUAGAGCGGUAGAGCUCAAACAUAAUUCUAGCUUGAUAUCAGCUUUAGCCAAUGAAACUAGUAAGUUGUUUCUGGAUGCUGCUAAUACUCUUCGUCCAUUUAAACCAGAAAUAACUGAUCAAUGGAUAAAAUAUCUAGAACUCAAGGCGGCAUUUUAUCAAUCUUAUGCUUAUAAUUAUUGUGGUGAAAACUUAUUAGCAAUGGAUAAGUGUGGCGAAGCGAUACGAGCGAUGCAGGAGAGUGAUUCAUGUUUGAAGAAAGCGAAAGUGCUCUGUCAGGAAUAUGGGAAAACGAAUGGGCCUGCGCCUCGCGUUAAACCGGAUCAGCAUGCUGUAUUUAGACGCUUGGCGCCCAUAGUGAAACUUACACUCGAUAAGUGUAAUCGGGAAAACGGUUUGAUAUAUCAUCAUACAGUACCAGGAGAAGUUCCAGCUUUAGAUACGAAAGCAACUUACGGCUUGGUCAGUCCAAUUGACUUCCAAAUGCCGUCACCAAACUCUAUAUGGAAUUUGGGCACGUAUAAGGUACUAGCAGGAGUAGCUGUGGCGAAAAUAGAAAAGGAGCAGACUUUGCCGCCAGUUAAAGAAGAAGCGAUUCAUCAGAGUAGCAAAGAGCCGAAAAAUGCAAGCGGUUGCAUGUUACAAUAAGAUUUUCCUGCAAUGAUGUAGGCCAUUUGUAAAUGCUUUUUGUUUUCACAGUGAUAUUAAUUUUAGUUGCAAUAUAGACAUGUGUAGACGAUGUUAAAUGACACACGUAUAUGCGUGUCACACAAGUACAAAUCUUGUUGCGAAAUAUGAAGUAUUGAUUAAGAGAUAAAAAGAAAAAUAUCUCUGUAAUAAGAAAUUAAUAAUUAUUUAUUAUUAUGCUAAUACGUUUCAUCGAGUAUUAAAUUUCAUGUUACGCAACGGGAAUAGAUAAACGACUAUAAAAAAGACUAAUCUAGCUAUAUCUAUUGAUAUAAAUUUAUAUUUGCUUCGUUCUGCACAUGUCUGAAUUUUUUUAGAAGCAAUUUUUAUAUUGGCGUCAACGUGAAAUAACAUGUGAUUCACAUAUAAUUUACUUUUAUCGUAUUUAAUCGAUGCUAUCGCUAUCUGUAUGUGAUUCUUUACAAAUAAUUCUUUACAAAGUAAAGAAUUGUUAAUGUUGCAGAUAUUAUUUUAAUCGCUUUAGUCCGACCUAGUCAGUGUUUUAAUGAAACUAAAUUUUUUAAUCGACAAUACGAAGAAGAGAAUUUCGUAAGCAAUGUGCACAUAGUGCACAGUAUUAGUACGCAUGUAAUAUAACGGAGAGACAUGUGUAAUCUUUUUCUACAUAUUUUUUAUAAACUAUAGGUUUAAACGCAAAACGUUCAAUUCAGAUUAUAGAGAUAUUAUAUAUACAAAAGUGUUUCAAAAACAAAAUAUUAAACUAAUGCCAAGCAUUAGUUAUUGCUAAAUUAAAACAAUUAUCUCUGUUAAUAAUUAUUAUUUAAUGAUAAAGCAUUUAUAUAUACCUGACCAAUAUAUUAUUGAUAUUAAUUAUUGAAAUUAAAAAAUUUACAGGUCACUCUACCUGAUAUUGGCUUUCAAAAGUUAUAUAUACACGAUAAGAAAUUUCGUUAGCUGUUAAAUAAUUUAGGAGAAUAAUUUUUGUGUGUAAUAUAUAUUAUCGAGAUCAAUGUAGCAAUAUCUUGUAACGUAGAUAAUAAAGAAUAUUAAAUCACAAUCUA